UGUUUUAUCCUGACCGUCUUGAACAAAAGCAUUAUUAAGAAGAACGAAGCAAAACAGACUUUAACCAUAAAAAAAAACCUAACACGGAUCAGGACGAAGCAUUUCGCCAAGUUAAAGACGUCUCAAAUUAGAAGACGUAAUCAUGGAGUUUAGAGCCCAAAUACUGAAGAAAUUAACAUCCUUACCGCAAUCGCUGAAUAUUCUCCAUAACGUGAUCGAUAAUUGGAUUCUCUUUCAACGGAACACAUUCGACCACCUGGAUGACACUGGUGAUCCCUACAUCAGUCAGAUCUUCUUGAUUGAAAUCUCAUCUGGGCGAUACAUCCACCGAUCCCAGGGCCAGAAAGUGGACCAGGGGAAAACUCUUGAUUUAGAUGUCCUAACUUCGAAACUGACCCACGUGUUCCUUGGCACCAAGCCUUGUCCGGGGUUUCCUGUUCAGCACCACAUGGAACAGUCAGAUUCCGUGAUGAUCCUGGAUUAUCCAUACCCAAGGCAAGCUUCCAGAGAGUGCCAGUUCUACUUCAAUGCACACAUCAAGUCUGAAUCCGGCCAUGAUGCUACAGAAGAUUCAGCGUCUUGUUCUCCAUGUCAAGAGGCGUGGCAAGACAUCAAUUCCAAGGGUGCAUGUAUGAUAGAAGCUGACCCUCUUCAAGAUUCGACUACCAUCAAACUACACCCUACCCCACCCAUGGCCGAAGAAGACAAUCCUUCGUUAAUGGACUUUGAUUAUGAAGUAUUAAACACCACCCCGGGCGAUCUUUGGUCGGACGAGAACGCGGUUCUCACUUCUUCGAAAAGAUCUUCCAACCAAGAUUUGGAACCUUUGAUCGAGUCCAAGCUUGAAGUUUUAAGUGACCAAGAAACAAGAGGAAAAGGUAGAGUAUACAAGUGUAAAUGUUGUUCCCAUGAUUUUAGAACGUCCGCCGAGUUGGCGAGGCACAGAAGAGCUCGCAAAAUGAAGAAAAGGGCUCAAAGAAAAGUGGGUUGCCUGGAAUGUGACAAUAAAAACAUAGUCACUUUCAGACAAUUAGUAGAUCACGUGGCCAAAGACCAUCCUGAUAAACUCGAAGAAUAUGCAGAAUAUCUACCCAAAAACCAGGACCCCGCUUUAAUGAAGGAUCCUUUGAAAUGUAUUAUCUGUGACUUCAUGAACAACGGAAGUGUCCUGAACUUUAAGCACAGAGAGCUCUAUCAUGAAAUGGGAAGUUACGUGUGCGGCAAGUGCCAAGAGCCUAAUCGAACCUACUACGAUCUCAUGAUUCACAACUACCAAAAGCACCGAAUGCCCACCGAUUUCUUGCCUCCGAGUCUCUAUGGAUUGAAACGAAUAACGUUGAGUGGUGGCAAAAUUCAAUACAAGAAAACCCCAAUGUCCAAGUGUCACUUGUGUCCCAAGAUGUACAAGAACGAUCAUGGAUUAAUCAAUCACAUGAGAGGUCAACAUCAAUGGGGCAUGUUCAAUUGCAACCCUUGCGAAGAGUCAUGUCAUUUCGCCAGAGAUUUUUCAACUCAUGCGCUCCAGUUUCACGGGGACAACCCAGAGAUCAAGUGCCCCAAUUGUCUUCAAGAAUUCGAUUUAAAAGCAGACCCAGAGCUUUUUAAUGUUCACUAUCAGACGUGCUUUCUUCUUAUUCAUACCGAAGGCAACCAGAAUUUGUCUUUAAAGCAAUUAUCCCAAAAUCGAGGAGUGUUUCAAUGUGAUAUCUGCGGACGAAAUUUCAAUGUGAAGAGGAAUUUGGAAAUUCAUAUGGACGCUCAUCAAGGGAUUUUUCGGUUCUUGUGCUCCUUUUGUGAUUUUGGCUCGAACCAGAAAAGUACAAUGGAAGAUCACGAAUUAAUGCACGUUACUAACCAAGCUCUGGCAGAUGGAAAAAUCAAAGAUGUUUUGCAUCAAUGUGAACAAUGUGGAAAGCAAUUGAGAAGUGCCAAGUUGUUGAAACGCCACCUUCGUAUUGUGCAUGAGGGAAAAAAGCCAACCUUUCGAUGCAAAGAUUGCGGUGAAUUCUUUAAACACUUUGUGGCCCUCUAUAAACACAAGAAAUACUCGCACGGGUUUGUUUCCAAAUCGAAGCAUAUUUAGUCUCAGUAAUAUGCACGCUUGAACGACUGUGA